GGGCUGUUUCCAGAUGUUCGGGUUGGUCCCUUAGGGCAUUUGGAGACGGGACGCAUGGGUUACUAGACAAGCCUUGAAAAGGGAGCCGUUACAUUUUUUGCUCUGCUUGGAGAUGAGGAAUCUUCUGCAGAAGUACAGCUAGAGUGAGACCCAAGUACUGCCUUGGUGCAGGAUGGCUAGAGAACCAAGGGAAAGCGCACCCCUGGACGCCCACGCUGCAGAGGACCAGAUGGGGCUUCUGGUCAUAAAGGUGGAGGAGGAAGAGGCCAGUUUGCCCCACAGCCCAGCUGUGGGUUCUGAGUGCUCCCGCCAGCGCUUCCGAGGCUUCCGGUACCCGGAGGCUGCAGGCCCCCGCGAGGCGCUGAGCCGGCUCCGGGAGCUCUGCCGGCAGUGGCUGCGGCCUGACAUACACAGCAAGGAGCAGAUGCUGGAGCUGCUGGUGCUGGAGCAGUUCCUGACCAUCCUGCCGGGGGACCUGCAGAGCUGGGUGCGGGAGCAGCACCCAGAGAGCGGGGAGGAGGUGGUGGUGCUGUUGGAGUAUUUGGAGAGGCAGCUGGAUGAGCCGACGCCGCAGGUCCCAGGUGGUGACCAGGGGCAAGAACUGCUCUGUUGUAAGAUGGCACUGUUGACACCAGCCCAGGGGUCAGAAAGUAGCCAGUUCCUGCCAAUGAAGUCUCUGCUCAAGCAUGAAUCUCUGGGAUUCCAGCCCUUACAAGACAGAGUUCUCCAGGUUCCCGGGCUUGCCCAAGGAGGGUGCUGCAGAGAAGACAAAAUGGUAGCUGCCAGGCUCGCUCCAGAGUCCCAGGGGUUGCUGAAAAAGGAAGAUGUGGCCCUGACCCUCAUUCCUGAGUGGACACAGCAGGAUUCAUCUCAGGUGAACCUCUACAGAGAUGAAAAGCAGGAGAACCAUGGCAGCCUGGCCUCCCCGGGUGGUGAAAUACAGACUAAGGUGAGGGACUUACCUCCAGCGGAGGAACUUCCAGAAAAAGAGCCUGGGCACAUACUGUACCACCUGGGUGAAGACAUUACCCAGACUCCUACGUGUGUAGAAGCUGGUGAACAGGAGGGCAGGUUACAAAGAAAACAGAAAACAGUGGGGAGGCGGCACAUUUGCCAUGAAUGUGGAAAGAGUUUUGCUCAGAGUUCAGGCCUGAGUAAGCACAGGAGAAUCCACACUGGUGAGAAGCCUUAUGAAUGUGAGGAGUGUGGCAAGGCCUUCAUCGGGAGCUCUGCCCUUGUCAUUCAUCAGAGAGUUCACACUGGUGAGAAGCCAUACGAGUGUGAAGAAUGUGGCAAGGCCUUCAGUCACAGCUCGGACCUUAUCAAACACCAGAGAACCCACACCGGGGAGAAGCCUUAUGAGUGUGAUGACUGUGGGAAGACCUUCAGCCAGAGCUGCAGCCUCCUUGAACAUCAUCGAAUCCAUACUGGAGAGAAGCCAUACCAGUGCAACGUGUGCGGCAAAGCCUUUAGGCGGAGUUCACAUCUCCUGAGACAUCAGAGGAUCCAUACUGGGGAUAAAAGUGUUCAGGAACCUGAGCAUGGAGAAGCCUGGGAAGGUCAGGGUAGGACAGAAAGCCAGUGGCAGAAUGUUGAGGCUCCUAUAUCUUACAAAUGUAAUGAAUGUGAGAGAAGUUUCACUCAAAAUACAGGCCUUAUUGAACAUCAAAAAAUCCACACUGGUGAGAAACCCUAUCAGUGUGACACUUGUGGAAAAGGCUUCACCCGAACUUCAUACCUUGUUCAACAUCAGAGAAGCCAUGUUGGGAAAAAAAAAUUUUAUGAUGCUGACCUGUUCCAUACAUGCCAAAAUUGAUGCUCAUUACUCAUUAAACUGAAGCUACCCUGGAGCCC